AUGUCGACUUGGGCUGCAAUGGCCGCAGCCGGCGCUGCAAAGGCGUCGGAAGCCGCUCCGAAGGAUGACCAAUUUACAACAGAAGCAUUCGACUCGACCAACGCACCCGCUUCAACAUCAGCCUCUGCCGACGACACAGCCUCGCAAUCUGGCGUGAGAACCAAGAAGCCGCGUAUCGACACCCUCAUCCUUGACGCUGGUGCUCUCAUCAUGCGUGCGCCACUCGACGGUCUUGCUUCCGAAUACUAUAUCCCACCGAGAGUCGUCGAGGAGAUCAAGCACGCUUCAGCACGCGAGUAUCUCGAGUCUCUGCGACUCCGACCCGACUUCAAGCUCCAUGUUAUUCAGCCUGGUACUGCUAGUAUGGUGGCUGUUUCGCAGUUCGCUAAGAAGACAGGUGAUAUCGGAGUGUUGUCGACGCAGGAUUUGGAGGUCAUUGCUCUCACAUAUGAGAGGGAGGUCAGCAGACAUGGCCACAAGCGUAUUAGAAGCAGUCCAGAUGGAAAGAGGGGAGAGGCUGCUGCGUCUACUUCAACCUCUGUUAAGAAGGAGGAUGAGGAAGGACAAGCUUCCACUUCGCGAUCAUCGUCAGCUGAUGCGAAGGCAGCUCGCCGGGCAGCGAUCGAGAAGAAGCGCCAACAGAAAGCCGAGGCAAAGCAGAAGCAGCUUGAGGAGGAUGCCGCUGCAGAAGGUCUUACUGUCGACCAGCUUGUAGCGAGACGCAUCAAGGAGAACCGAGAGAAGAAGGCUGCCAAGAAGCAGGCCAAGGAGGCUGCUGCUGCCGAACCAGAGCCAGCACAGCAAGCGUCCGAACAAGCGGAAGAGGACUCCCAAGGGCAAGCGUCUACCUUUCACGCCGAGGCAGGUCCCGAACAAGGAUGGGUCGGCGACGCAGACUACACCGACCAAGAAUCCGACGGGGAAGGUGAUGGAGCGUGGAUCACACCUGACAAUGUCCAAAAAGCCAAGAACCUCAGCAUGGGCUUCGUUUCCGACAGUCGUAUGCCAGGCUGGAAGUACGUCGAAGAGUCCAAGGACAACCUUCCAGAGCCCGCUGAACUCCUCACACCUGAAGAGCCUCUCGAAGAAGGUUGGUCGCGUGUCGAAUCAUCCAGCAAAGCCAAAGCCAAGCAGCAGCAGGUCUCAAACAAAGGUCACCUAUCCCGCGACUUCAACGACCCUUCCAUUCAGUCCCGACCUUCGCUCACAUGGGAUGCAAUGGGCAACACCUCCAAAGAAGGUCACAUGACUGUCGCAUGCAUUACUGGUGAUUUUGCCGUUCAGAACGUUCUCCUUCAGAUGGGUCUCUCCUUGGUCGGUGUUCACGGCUCGCGUGUUCGCGCGGUCAAAUCCUUCGUUCUCCGUUGCCACGCUUGUAUGAAGGUCUGCAAGGAUAUGGAGAAGAAGUUCUGUCCAGUCUGCGGCAAUGCUUCGCUCACCAAAGUCGCCGUUACUGUUGACGACACUGCGAAAGGCGGGUUCCAGUUGCAUCUCAAGAAGAACUACAGGUUCAAUUUGCGUGGUACCAAGUACUCGAUCCCUGCGCCUAAGCCUGGUUCUGCUUCAGGUGGUAAGACUGGUGGCUCAGGGUUGAUCUUGAGGGAGGAUCAGUUGGAGUGGCAGAGAGCGUUGGCAAAGGAGGCUAGUAGGAAGAGGAAGGAGGAGAGAGCACUGGACAAGGCAAUGCGCGCUGGUAAGGAUUCCUUGUCGGUUAGGUAUGAAGAGGCCUGGGAUACAGGAGACAUUUUUCUGGGUAGUCAGUUUGCGUCGAGAGAUAAGAGCAACUUGCCGGUCAUCGGACACGGGAGGAAGAACCCAAAUGCCAACCGUCGUACUCGCAAGUAG